UGUCAUCUUAGCUAGGGGUCUUGUGACCGAAACUUUUUUUUUAAAUCAAAACUAAAAAAGUUAUCGCAAUUAUUCUAAGGCACACUAUUUUUCAUUUUACACUUACCCCCACUUACUCUAUCUUGUUCUUUAUCAUCCAUCGGACGGCAUCGGACGGCAUCGGACAACAACUCGAACCGAUUCAUCUUUUCCUCCUUUACUUGAUGCAGUUGAUGGCCGAGGCUAGAAAAUUAAUAAUAAUUAAAAGCGAAGAUUAAAAUAUCUUUACCAUUGUUGAAAGCACAAAUAACGCAGCUAUUCUUCCGUGCGUAACUACAGCUUCUCGAGUAACUAAGCAUUUUCUAUUGGUUCAAAUAUCAACCAAUGAAAAAUCAAAUUAGUGAAAACACAUUAAGAUUGAAAAAUAUAAAUGAAAUGAUUAUUUGAAAUUUCAUUACGAUUUUCAAUUGAUAAUUUAUUAAAUAGUUAAUUAGAAGCCAAUCGAAAUAAUUGAAUGAGUCAUUAGUCAAGUCGGAGAAAUUUUUAUUUAUUUUUAUUUCAUCAUAUUUUGUGACGAAAAACUGAUGCAAUAGACAAUCAAUCACUAUUUAAAGACUAAUGAAUUUUCUUUUUGUUAUAUUUUAUUUUAUUUUCCUAGAUGGCAACAAGUGGUUCUAACCACCCGAAUGAUGAAAAUUCAAAAUCUGAUGACGGUGAAAAACAGCAACAAGUUGUUGAAGGUGAUGGUCCACCAAAAACAGCUAAACAAUUAGCAAAAGAUGCAGUGAAAGCGGAGAAAAUGCGAAAAUUCGAAGAAAAACAAAGGGCUAAAGCCGAAGCUGAAGAAAAGAAAAAAGCAAGUAGUGUUGGUGCACCGAAAAAAGAACCUGCACGUGACAUUACCGAAUAUACAGCUCCUACAGCAGAAGGCGAGAAAAAAGAUCUUCAUUGUGAAUUACCAAAAUCUUAUAGUCCAAAAUAUGUCAAAGCAAGGUGGUAUACUUGGUGGGAAAAAGAAGGUUUUUUUCGACCGGAAUAUUACGAUGAGAAUCCACCGUCGAAUGCUUCAACACCACGAAAAUCAUUUACUAUAGUUAUUCCACCACCAAAUGUCACUGGUUAUCUUCAUUUAGGUCAUGCUAUUAUGUGUACACUUGAAGAUACACUUGCACGAUGGCAUCGUAUGUGUGGUGAAACUGUUCUAUGGGUUCCCGGAUGUGAUCAUGCUGGUAUUGCAACACAAGUUAUUGUUGAAAAAAAACUAAUGCGUGAACAAAAGUUAUCAAGACAUGAUUUAGGACGAGAAAAGUUUUUAGAUGAAAUUUGGAAAUGGAAAAAUGAAAAAGGUGAUCACAUCUAUGAACAGAUUAAAGCAUUAGGUUCCUCAUGCGAUUGGUCACGUAAAGUAUUCACCAUGGAUAAAGGCAUGUCAUAUGCUGUUGAAGAAGCAUUUAUUCGUCUUCAUGAGAAGAAAUUAAUUUAUCGUUCAACACGAUUAGUUAAUUGGUCGUGUACACUUAAAUCGGCUAUUUCGGAUAUUGAAGUCGACAAGACUGAAUUAAAAGGUCGAACAUUAAUUAGUGUCCCCGGUUAUGACCAACCGGUUGAAUUUGGUGUCUUAAUCUACUUCGCAUAUCCGGUUGAAAAUUCCAAAGAAGAAAUCAUUGUUGCAACAACUCGUCUUGAAACCAUGCUUGGUGAUACAGCCAUUGUUGUUCAUCCCGAUGAUGAACGUUAUAAACAUUUAUAUGGUAAAUUUGUUCAACAUCCAUUUCUUCCUCGUCGUUUACCGAUUCUUACUGAUACCAUGGUUGAUCCAGCAUUCGGUUCUGGUGCAGUUAAAAUAACACCAGCCCAUGAUCAAAAUGAUUUCGAUUGUGGACGUCGUCUUUCAUUACCAUUUAUCACAUGUAUUAAUGGUGAUGGAUUAAUGACAUCAGAAUGUGGUCCGUAUGCUGGCAAGCCACGUUUUCAAGUUCGUCGUGAACUUUUAGUUGAUUUAAAAGAACGUGGUCUUUAUCGUGAUUCGAAAGAAAAUGAAAUGGUUUUACCAAUAUGUAGUCGAAGUAAAGAUAUUAUCGAACCAUUACUUAAACCACAAUGGUAUGUCAAUUGUAAAACGAUGGCAGAACGUUCAAUUGAGGCUGUACGAUCGAAAGAAUUAAAAAUUUUACCAACGAUUUUCGAACCUGCUUGGUAUCGAUGGUUAGAAGAUAUACGUGAUUGGUGUAUUUCACGGCAGUUAUGGUGGGGUCAUCGUAUACCAUCGUAUUUUGUUAGUUCAGAUGAUAUUCCGGUUGGUAAUGAUACGGAUGAUAAAUAUUGGAUUAGUGCUCAUACAUCUGAGGAAGCACUUGAUAAAGCAGCUGAACGAUUUAAUAUACCAAAAGAAAAAAUUCAAUUACGACAAGAUGAAGAUGUACUUGAUACAUGGUUUUCAUCUGGUCUUUUUCCAUUUUCAUCAUUUGGUUGGCCAUUGGAAACUGAUGAUUUAAAACGAUUUUUCCCGACAAAAUUACUUGAAACUGGCCAUGAUAUUCUUUUCUUUUGGGUCGCUCGCAUGGUUAUGUUAUCAUUAGAAUUAACUGAUCAAUUACCAUUUACAGAAGUCUAUUUGCAUGCUAUUAUUCGUGAUGCUCAUGGACGUAAAAUGUCAAAAAUGUUAGGCAAUGUUAUCGAUCCCCUUGAUGUUAUGCAUGGUGUUUCACUUGAAAGUCUUCAAGCACAAUUAAAAACUUCUAAUCUUGAUCCAAAAGAAUAUGAACGUGCACGACUAGGUCAACAGAAUGAUUAUCCAAAUGGUAUUCCUGAAUGUGGUACAGAUGCCUUACGUUUUGCUCUUUGUGCUUAUGCUAAUCAAGGUCGAGAUAUCAAUUUGGAUGUAUUACGUAUUGAAGGCUAUCGACGUUUUUGCAAUAAACUCUGGAAUGCAAUCAGAUUUGCAAUGUCGAAAAAUCUAGAUAUUAACGAUCCAAAUUGUUUUCAACCACCAGCUGAAUUUAAACUUACCGGUGCAGAAACAGCAUGUGACUUAUGGAUAUUAAGUCGAUUAAGUUAUACUAUUGAACAAUGUGAAACAGGCUUUACUAAUUAUCUAUUUCCUCAAGUGACAACAGCUAUUUACAGUUUUUGGCUUUAUGAUCUAUGUGAUGUUUACAUUGAAUAUGUUAAAAAAGAUUUAUAUGCAAAAGAACCAGAUGCGAAACGACAAGAACUUAUUAAACUUAUUUUAUAUACAUGUUUAAAUAAUGGUUUGAGAUUGUUGGCACCUAUUAUGCCAUACAUUUCGGAAGAACUCUAUCAACGUUUACCAAAACCAAAUAAUGGACAAAACUCGCCACAGAGUCUUUGUGUUACACCUUAUCCACAAUCAAGUCAAUUCCAGCAAUAUCGUAAUGAAAAAAUUGAAGCAAAUGUUACAAAUAUUUAUGAAUCAAUUAAUAAAAUUCGUUCGUACCGUGCAGCUAACAAGAUUGUUUCCAAGGAAAAAAAUAAUCUCUACGUUCGAGCUUCAUCGCCAAUAUCACCACUCUUUACUUUAUAUGCUGAUCUGAUUCAACCACUUGCUAAUAUCGAUCGUAUUGAAAUACUCACAAGUGAACCAACUGGUGAUCAUAAUGCAUAUAUAAAUAUUGCAACAACAACCGAUUAUUCGUUAUAUUUUGAAUCGAAAUGA